AUGGCUACACGCAAACGCCCCCGUGAUGUGGAAGAAUAUGACAAGUACCAGGGCCUCGUCAUCUACGUUGGGAACGUUCAUUACGAUGCCAGCCCAGCCGACUUUGAACAAUUUCUUCACAAUCAUGGAGUAUCAUGCACACUUUACUGGCCUGAAGCCGGAGAAAGAUCUCAUGGCGGCUGGUGUUGGGCUCGCUUCCAUCAUCAUGACGAUGCUAGCUAUGCGAUCAACAAUCUUAAUGGCGCCAUUUUCUGCGGAAGAAAGCUAAGAACAGGACAUGUAGCCACCAACUCUAAACGUGCUCGCUUUCAAGAUGGGCCUUCGUCCUUCCAGGACCGCCCUGAAAUCUACGAUAAUCCAUUUCGACGAGAGAAUCCAUUUUCAUUCCCUAAAAAGUUCCAGACCUUCAACCCUCACACUUUUUUUCAAGAUUAUGAGCAGAUGAAAUACCCAGGCUACUCGUCACAUUACUUUCACCGGCCUGCUGAGCAUCCUGGAUUUUACCCCUCGACAAACAGCCGACGACCAGCGCCCCCCUUUAGACAGAGUGCCAACUACGGGGUUCAGUACCCGGACUGCUACCUGCCAAAGAAGACGGAGCAUCUGGAUCACCGUCACAUCCCAAAACUGCAGGAUGUCUGGGACGCAGAUAAACCCUUCCUUAGCACUGCGAACAUCUUCGCCAAAGGGAUCAAGAUAUCGGGACUGGCAAUCACGGUCAACCACGGACAGACUCCCGCAGAUGGGGCAGUAGCUCUUUCCAGGCCUGAGGAAUAG